GGCCAGUCACCCGCGUGCGGGCGUGGGUCCCGCUGCUCUCUCGGCGCCCCGCCCCGCCCGGCCCCGCCGUGGGACGGGUAACGGUUACCAAGCACUUUCUCAGGCGCGAUUUCUGCUUAGUCAUUGUCUUCCAGGAAACGGUCCCUUCAGUUGGGAGUCAACUCUCCGGCGGCGGCCGCAGUAGCAGCUGCAGCCGCCGCGACCAGCGCGUCCUUCCCGGGCCACCGCUCCGCCACCGUCCGGCCUCCCUCGGUCCCGAGCGUAGGCCGAGGUCCCGCCGCGUGGGGCGGCCAGCCUCGCGCUCGGCUCUCCGGCCUCGGGCACCGCGUCCUGCGGGGCGGCCUCCUUCCUCGCCUGUGGCCCCGUCGCCGCCUGGCCCGCCUCCGUCGGCCGCUGCCAUGGGCACCGACAGCCGCGCGGCCGGGGCGCUGCUGGCGCGGGCCCGCACCCUGCACCUGCAGACGGGGAACCUGCUCAACUGGGGUCGCCUGCGGAAGAAGUGCCCGUCCACGCACAGCGAGGAGCUUCGAGAUUGUAUCCAAAAGACCUUGAAUGAGUGGAGUUCCCAAAUCAGCCCUGAUUUGGUCAGGGAAUUUCCAGAUGUCUUGGAAUGUACCGUCUCUCAUGCAGUAGAAAAGAUAAAUCCUGAUGAAAGAGAAGAAAUGAAAGUUUCUGCAAAACUCUUCAUUGUAGGAUCAAACUCUUCAUCAUCAAUGAGAAAUGCAGUUGACAUGGCCUGUUCCGUUCUUGGAGUCGCACAGCUGGAUUCUGUGAUCAUUGCUUCACCUCCUAUUGAAGAUGGAGUUAAUCUCUCCUUGGAACAUUUGCAGCCUUACUGGGAAGAAUUAGAAAACUUGGUUCAGAGCAAAAAGAUUAUUGCGAUAGGUACCUCCGAUCUAGACAAAACUCAGUUGGAACAGCUGUAUCAGUGGGCACAGGUAAAACCAAAUAGUAACCAAGUUAAUCUUGCCUCCUGCUGUGUGAUGCCACCUGACUUGACUGCAUUUGCUAAACAAUUUGACAUACAGCUAUUGACUCAUAAUGAUCCAAAAGAACUGCUUUCUGAAGCCAGUUUCCAAGAAGCUCUUCAGGAAAGCAUCCCUGACAUCCAGGCGCAGGAGUGGGUGCCCCUGUGGCUACUGCGGUACUCCGUCAUUGUUAAAAGCAGAGGAAUUAUCAAAUCCAAAGGCUACAUUUUACAAGCUAAAAGAAGGGGUUCUUAACUAAGACUUAGGAUCGUAAUCUACUGACUUGUAUUUCCUUGAAUAUAAGAUAAAAUUGAGAUGUAUAAAAAUCAGUUACUGCUUGUAAAUGAUGUCAUGGAGGCUGAUAUUCUUCAGUUAUAUUUGACAACGUGUUAUCUGUCAAGUUUUGAAUACUUUUCUUGCCUCCAUAUCAGUUUACUCAUGUGUUUUCAUUAAACUAUUAUUUUCUAACUGAAAUUGCCUAUAAAGAAAAUACUUGCAAUAUAUUUUUCCUUUAUUUUUAUGACUAAUAGAAAUCAAGAAAAAUUGUUGUUAGAUAUAUUUUGGGCUUAGGUAUCAGGGUAAUGUAUAUACAUAUUUUUUAUUUCCAAAAAUUAACUAAUGGCUUCUUAUUCUAUAGUGUAACUAAGCAAUUUAAUUAUAAUUAUAAAAACUGAAAUACUGGAAGAUAUUUUUUCUGUUAUUGAUAAGAUGAUUAUAUCCCAGAGUAACUGGAGUGGCUUGGAUCUACUAGUAGGAUAGGUAAAAUUCAUUUCUUCAAUACAUGAAUGAAAACUUAAACUUAACUGUCCUAGCUGUAGUUUACCUAUAAUGAUUUAGUAUUCUAUUGCUGUGCCAUAUUUUCCUUGCUGUUAUUUCCAAGACAAACCAAAGUAAAUCUGAAAAAGACUAGAAGCUUUUAAAUUAUUAUUUGGGGGUUUUAUAAAAGCAACUGUUAUCAUCUCCAGAUUCUUUUUAAUACUUGAUCCAUCCUUAAUAUUUUGCUGUUCAUUCAAGAAUAUUCAAUAAGUAUUGAGUGUUUAUCAUGUGCUGGGCACUGUGGGCUCUGGGGAGAAGGGGGGGUCACAGAAAGUCAGAAUCAGUUGAGUAAAAUAUGUAACAUUUGCUCCUCACUAAUAACUGACUCAUAGGGACCAACAGCCAGAAAAGAGUGAAAAAAAUCUUUAAUUCAAGGGCAACAUUGUCUAUUUAGACAACUUUUUUUGAGACAUGGUCUUAACUAUAUUUAAAAGCAAAAUGAUAUAAUCAACACUUUAGAACUAGGAGAGGUUAUAGAUUGUUUAUUAUAAUUCUUCAUUAGUUUAAGAACCAGAAAAUAGCAAAUAAAUAAGGUAUGGCCUUUGAUAUAGACUAUAGGUCUCCCUAGUUCUGUAAAUUUGUAUCUGUAACCCAAAUAGUUAGAAAAGUUCUUCAAAAACCUCUUGUAUGUCAAUCAGUACUUUUAAACCAUGUUUAUUUAAAAAAAAAAAAAAACUACCAUAACGUGCCUGGUGGCUCAGUCAGUUUAGCAUCUUCCUUCCGCUCAGGCCAUGAUCCCGGGGCCCUGAGAGUGAACCCUUCAUCAGGCUCCCUACUCAGCAGCGAGUCUGCUUCUCCCCCUGCCCCUACCCCCUGCUUAUGCUCUCUCUCACUUUCUCUCAUGAAUAAAUAAUAAAAUCUUUAAAAAAUAAACUAAUAUAUAAAACUAAUUUUGCUCAAGUUUUUUCAACUUAAAAGAAAAGUGUUCCAUACUCAAAUACACUAGGGGCACCUGGGUGGUGCAGUUGGUUAAGUGUUGGAGUCUUGGUUUGGCUCAGGUCAUGAUCUCAGGGUCAUGAGAUCAAGCCCCACCUAGGGCUCUGACUCUCAGUGCCAGAAUCUGCUUGGGAUUCUCCCUUUCCCUCUCCCUCUGCCCCAGUGCAUGUGGGUGUGCUCUCUCUCUCUCUCAAAUAAAUAGAUCUUUAAAAAAAAAAAAGGUAAAUACACCAGACUUUUCCUAUCCUAAAUAAGGUUUUGUAGUUUACUGUUUGGAUAAUUUGAUCAUUAAAAUUAUAACAUAAAUUCAGCUGACUUACUUGCUAUAAAAUUCAUUUAGACUUAGACCGUCCUAAAGCCUUAUUUUAUAUUAAUUGUAUGUAAUGUUGUUGAAUAUAUAUAGUUAACUUUUUAUUUGGAAAUGUGCAACACUUUUUCAUACAACCUAAGUCUUUAAAUGCUCAUUUUUUAAUUUAAGCCUAAACAGUGAAUUGGUCAAGAUAUUUUAAGAGGGAACUUUAUAUCACAUUUAUUCCUUUUUAAAACCCUAGACUUAAAAAAUGGAUUGUUUAAAGGGUUAUUUUGAAAAUAAAAAAAAAAACAACUUAUGUUACUAAUUGAUCCAUAUCUCUCUUCUCUUGACAAAGAAACAAGAUUAUAGAUUCAUUUUGUGAGGGGAUCAUGUAUGUAUGGAAUUUUAAAAUUAGUUUUUUGUAUGUUUCAUUUCUGUACCUUUAAUUUCUGUUAUUGAAUAACCAUUUUUUAAAAAAUGAUUUUUUCAAGACUUGACAAAUUUCCAAGCUGGUGUUCACAUCUUUUUUUUUUUUUUUUUGUAAACUAUCAGAAUAUAGUGAAUGCUUUUCAAGUAUUUGAGGACUUAAUGUUUAAAAAGCCAUAAAAUAAAGAACAGUAAUACUACCAAAUAAUCGCUUAAAUCUGAAAGCUAAGUUAUCAAUAGUGUAUAUAUAACAGAUAUGUCUUCUGGGGAGAGAUGUAUCCAAUGACUCAAGGUAGAAAGAAUUUAUAUAAUUGGGUUUUUUUCCAGUAAACAUGAAAAGAAGCUACAGUCUAUUACAUUUCCAAAAUACACUGGAGCCUUACAUUAACACAAUGUACUGUAACUUAGAAUUUGUUCUGUAAUGAGUCUAUCUUAUAUUCUCAUUCAAGAAACUGUAGUCACCAGAAAGACCAAGAUGUCUUAUAAAAUAUGUUCACAUGGUGUAAAUUUUGCAGACUACCUUGUGCCAGUAUGCUAGAAGAGUAUCCGUUUAGAGAUAGCCAGUGCUAGAUUGGAUCACAAAUAGCUAAUAAUUUAAACAGCUAUGUGUGGAAUGGGAAAUAAAGUUACUCUAUUUUGAAUGAAUGGUCAAACUUCUCCCUACCAGAGCCAACUAGUAACUCAGUUUUCAGUAAUAAAAGGUCUAAGAUUCAUUUAAUUACAUCUCAUUUUUGAACAAAGCUUUCUUCCAACUUUUCCACCCAGCAUUUUCGGUAUUGGGGAAGUGAAAUGAUCAACAGUUCAUCUCUCUGCCAAUUGUACAUUUAGAGAAAUUUGAAGUUGUUUUAAUGAGAAUUUCAACCAUUUGUUUUCAUAAUCAAAUAUACCAACUUAUGAUUCUGAACAUAUUUUUUUAAAGAUAACUUCCUAAUAUACCAGAACUUGUACCUGUCAUUUCCCCAUAAAGUUGUUGAUGGGAUAUGUCAUAUUUUUGAAAACUGUAACAUAACUUUUGUUAAUAUUUUUUAUAGUUUUCAGAAUUAGAAAUACACUUAGGACAGGAAAAUGUUUUCAUUAGAUAAUUCUACUUUUAUGUGUCUAUAAUGGUGUAUUAUAAAUUACAGGCAAAAUAUAAAGCAUUAAUAGAUAUUUAUAAUAGUCUUUAAUUUCACCUAUAUUUUGAGUAUUAUGAAUUACUUAAUUAAAAUAAAGUGUAUUGUAUAUUGUUUGAGUUGUUUGAAUAGUUGAAAGCAUUCUGGAGUAUUAUUGAUUUUGACCUAUUUGAACUCAAAUUGAGUAUGAUUUGAAAAUAAAUUAUGAAUAAUUUUUAAAUAUCCAAGCCAUAAAGCUAUUCAUGCAUUCAUUCAUUCAAAGAUUUAUCAAAAGCUUACUAUAUGCCAGCAACUGUAAGAUAUUGGCAGACAGACACAAAUAAUAAAGAACCCCUGUCUUCAAGGAACAUAUGGUAUAUGUGGUGGGGGGAGAGAGAUCUGUACAUGAACAAGAGCAAUAGAGGCCAUCUGUUAAUGAUCAAAGUGGGGAAAAGGGAUUGGGGGCAUAUAGAAGGAAGUGGGGCUAGGGAAUGUUUACUGCUAGGAGGCUCCCCUUGAAAAAAAUUAGCCUUAGAGUAGGAUGAGACAAUGAGUGGAUAUUCUGACAGAGACCUUUGUUUGCCUUGUUUGUAAAUAGGCUUUUACUGAAUAUGAACAAUUUAUAUGUAAACUUUAGAAAUUCAGUGAAAACACUUUCUUAAAGAGCUUGCCCUAUGGAGAGAAAAGUACCGCUUCUGUUGAGACAAGAGUGAGUAAGGUUGGAAAUGUAAUAUUUUACCUUAAACAAAAAAAAGAGAGGCUAAAACUUAUCCAAAUCCCCCAAAUAGAAUAUGGCUGUUAUAGUCUCACUCCCAGAAAAGCCAAACAAAACUUUAAUAUGUAUCUCUCAACAGUGAAUAAAUGUAUAAAAUGUCAUACAAGA